AUGUGUUAUAUUUGUUGCACGUUCUUAUUUAUGUUGUUCACUUUGGUGUAUUCAUUCCAGUGUUCUCCGGGAUGUCCAGAUGGCUGUAUUACUCAAUACACAUGUACCGGAGAAUGUAAGACUGAAUAUGACAAUGACCGUUCUUGUAAUAACUGUCGAUUUAACAAUCCAUAUCUUGAUACAUCAGAUGUGUACCUUACAAAUGGUACUGAUUGUAUAUUAAGCACAAACAAAAUAAUUAAAGCUGAUGGCUCUUGGUUACCACCAGAAAAAUAUCUAACCGAAGUUUUUUUAAACAAACCCAUCAAAGUUCGAAUUGACCAAAAUAGUUAUAUUGAUUAUGGGUUCUGUUCCAAGGAAAAGAAAUACAAUUUGGGGCAAUGGUUUAAGUUAAGAGCAGACUCUAUCACAACAGACCACUUCUUAAUUGUUAUCACAAAAGAGAACAACACAAACUAUGAGUUAAUAUCUGCAGUAACAGAAUCUCAAAGAGGACAAAGAAAGAAUUGCUAUGGGUACACCGUCAUGCCGGAAGAAAAGAAGUACUACAGACACCAAAUCCCCAAUAUAUUACGAGACAAUAUUACCGAUUUAAAAUAUUAUUAUAUCUUUAUAAGAACAAAAGACUAUGCAUUUGCAGACUUCCAUUUGGAAAUUUCAGAACAAGAAGGACGACUAGGAAGAGUUCUGAGGGAGUUCAACCAAAGUGAUAUAACUCCACUCGCCUUUGAUCUUGAUAAAAAAAUCAGUUGGGAUAUCGACUUUGCUGAUGUAGCUAUCACUGGCGCGCCUGCUUGUAUUCCACAGAUUAAUAUGGAGUUGGCAGUUUUUGAAAUUAAAUUUAAUGGGAAUUACAGCGUCCUUUUUGAUGCAAGAAAACAGAAUAGAAUAUGUUAUUUACAAGAAUACAUACAAGAAACAGACGAAAACGGUGCUAUACGAACUACUUGUGUUCAAGCUUGGGAUGGAAAGAGAUAUGGUGCUUAUAAGUAUAUCGACAAUGAAGGCUUUCUUGUGAGAAUUAAAGGAAGUGAUAAAGGGAAACGAACGUUUGCAGUCAUGACCAAUGACCAAAAGGCUUUAAUAACUCUUGAAAUAUCAGUCGUUUGUCCAAACGAUUGUAAUAAUGAAAGGGGGUAUGGUUCAUGUUCAACUCGUGAGGGAAAGUGUAUUUGUGAAGAUGGAUAUGGUGGAGACAAUUGUCACAGAAAAUGUUACGACAAAGGAACGUGGAAUGAAGACGCAAACGGAAAGUGUUUAUUUGAUUCACUCUUUUGCGACCAAUACUGUAAAUGUGAGCCAGGAACAACACUUAAAAAUCACUUGUGUAUUUCCUCUCAAUGUACAAGUGGCCAUAUCACUGGAGAUAUGUGUAAAAUCGGAAGUGAUGGAUGCAGAGAAAAUUGUGAAUGUCAUGCCGAAUUGGGAUUUUUCAGUGAUGGACAAGGAAAUUGUAAACACGAAUUGUGCGGAAAUGGAAAAAUAGACACCAACCCAUUAUUUACAGAAGAGUGUGAUAGUGGUACCAAUUGCAACUUGACUUGUUAUUGUGAGGAAGGGUAUGUAACAGAUCCAAAAGAUGUAAAUAGCUGUUACAAACCAUCUAUUUCUAUUGGUGAGAUUUUUGGCAUUGUCUUUGGGUCUAUAAUAGGGUUUAUUGUUGUUAUCCUAAUACUUAUUAUUAUUAUUGUACUUCUUGUUAAAACAGAUAAAGUGUCGAUUGAAACUUUUAAACAGCAGCAACCGAUAUAUUACUUGUACAUCAAUGGUUCGUCUAAAAUAGAACCAUCAAAACUCUCUAAAUAUGAUUUGAAACCAACUUGUUUAAAUUUUGGUAACGACGAAAAAGCGACUAAUGUUGGUGACACACGCUUUGAAAGAAUGGUAAUUAAAAACAGGAGUAGGAACAAAUGGAUGAUGAUUAUAUUCCACGUACCUAACUGUCCAAAAUACGUCUUUCACUUCGACCCUCAAGUCUUUAUAUUAAGACCCUAUUCAUCAGUAAAAACAAUGACUGCAUAUAUAACUAUUCAUUGCACGACAAGAAUAAAAGGGAUGAAUAUACCU